AAAACUGGUGCGUCGCCGAUUUUCUUUGUAAGGUCGCGUACUUCUUUUGCUUUUCCGAGAUCGAGUCCGCCUUUCCUCUGCUCUCCCAUAUCUCCCCUCCAAGAUGUUCUACGGUGUCGUUGUCAAGCCUGGCCAGACCGUCACUCUCUCCCCUGAAGAUGGCGGCGAGGUUCUUCACUUGUCUCAGGUUUGCAUGCCCCAGCCCAAGGAUGGGGGCCGCACCUACGUCCAGGUGAUCCAAGAGGGCAAGACCUACUCUGUCUGCAUGCUUCAGAAAGACAAGCUGGAGUUCACCAGCCUGGACCUUUUCCUCUCCACUCGUCAGGGCAUCACCAUCAAGACUGAGGGUGGGAAGAACGAGGUCCACUUGACCGGCUACUUCGAGCCUGACGCCGAGGGACUCGACAGCGACGAAGACGAGGAGGAAUCGGAAUCCGACAUGGAAGAGAACGUCAUGCACCACGCCAGAAAGCACAUCCCUACCAAGGGAGGAAAGAUCGAAGAUUUGGAUGGCAAUGACGAGGAGGAGGAGGACGAGGAUGAAGAUGAGGAUGAUGACGACGAGGAUGACGAUGAGGAUGACGCCGAGAUGAAGGCCCUCACCGCCGGCGAUGACGAUGAGGACGACGAGGAUGAGAACGAGGAGGGCAGUGAUGACGAUGAUGAGGACAUGGAGAACGGAAUCGGUGAAGACUCCGAGGAUGAGGACGACGAAGAAGACGAGGAGGAAGAGGCGUCUCCUCAAAACAAGAAGGCCAGCGUGGGGGACAAGAAGCGCAAGGCUGUCGAAGUCGCUCAGGCCUCCAACAAGAAGGCCAAGCCGUCUGCUGCUCCUAGCAAGGGCGCUCCCCAGAAGGGCGACGCUGCCGCGUACAAAAGUGCAUUGGUAGAUUUCUUGAAGAAGAACGGGAAGACCCCGUUGGCAACUCUCGGCCAGAAGGUGAAGAAGCCCGCAGGUGUUAGCGAGAAGAUGGCUCAGUUCCUCAAGGCGAACGCGUCGACGUUCGAUGUUUCGAACGGCGUGUGCUCGCUGAAAUGAGUGUCUUUGCCUAGAGAGAAAAUGUGGACCAACUCGCGUUUUGUCACCUUGGACGGCUUUAGCGCUCUAGCUGCUGGUUUUGCGCGCGGCUCUCGGGGGUCGAGCAAGGGACUGGGCGACGGUGACGUGUGACAAGAAACACUCGGUCCACACCGGUCAAAACAAGUGAGGCUGUGGAGAAACUGGCGCAAACAGGACGCGGUUCCAAGGGUGUUGCUUGGAGUCGUUUCACAGCGUCUGUGAAUUAGUUAAUGGAGGUUAGGCGAUGGAAAAGGGACAAGCCGGUGCUCGCGUGCUGUUUCUUCUGAGGCGGAAGCAAGGUGUAACAGCCACACCGGAUUGAGGCGUGAAGACCCGUUUGGUAUAAACCCCGCACAAACUUCUUCCUUCAUGAACACUUCCGUUAGAAACUAAUCGUCCUUUCCAGG